AUGUCCCUUGCACCAUUGCAGUACAUAUCAUGCACCCAGAGGUUAGCCCUAUCCCGACUUUCAGGUGGAAAGGCAUUUCUAUCUCCUCGCCUGACUCUCAAUGCAUCCCGCGGAUUGGCGUCAGCCGGUGCAGCAAUCACACCGCAAGAUACUGUCUUGCAUCCCUCUCUCACUGUGCCUCAUCUUGUUGCUCGGGAUGUGAGUUAUGCCAGCCACCGUCAACAUGUACAAACAGUGCGAGACCGUCUAGAACAAGACGGGAUUCUCAAGAUCAGCCUCGACUUCACCGACGACAACAGCCACUACCUAGAGCGCCUGGUUGUCAAUCUCCACGAAAGACAUGGAUACGGGCUUCCUAUUUCGCACAGUGCGUCGAAGGGCUGGUUCUGGGAUGUGCGGCCUAGUCGCAGCAGCUUCCAGACUGAAAACCACCAGGCGCGAUCCGAAACCAUGGAGAACUUCCCUUGGCAUACCGACUGCAGCUACGAGGAUUGUCCGCCUCGCUUCUUUGCCUUGCAUGUCCUUCACGCCGAUCACUGCGGUGGAGGCACGCUGUCGGUCAUGAACGUCCACCGGCUCACACAGCUGCUCUCCGACUCCACUAGGGAUGUCUUGAGCCGACCGGAGUAUCGGAUCCAUAUUCCUCCCGAGUUCAUCAAAUCACCAGAACAGCGUCACAUCGUGGGUAACGUUAUGGCGACAGACUCGGACUCUCGUUGGUCUCCAAUUAUCCGCUACCGGGGCGAGAUCAUCGAGCCUCUCAGCGAUCGCGCAGCAAGGGCCCUCGACGAGCUGAAAGAGCUGUUUGGCCAGCCCGACGACGCCCAUGCUGAGUCAACCGUGCAUCUGACACCAAGCGACCUCCCACGGAAUUCGAUCAUUUUACUGGACAAUCGCCGGUGGUUGCAUGCGCGGAAUACUGUCAAGGAUCCCCGGCGGCACCUACGCCGAGUGCGGUGGGAUCCAGUGCCUUUUCCGCACGUUGCGGGGAGAAAUGUAUGA